UGCAACACAAUCCGCUGCUCAUUUAUAACGAGAGAAAGAGGAUCUGAUCGAGGAGUCGCUGCUCGAUUGCUCUGGUCUGACGUAAACAUGGCAGAUUCAGAGGAUCAUGUUUCCAUUCCGUUUCUGAACUCCCUUCAGCAAAUGGAUCCUUACCUUAAACCCUUUGAAAAGGACUUCCAGAGGAGGUACGGGCUGUUUGAAAAACAGCUCACACUCCUCGAAGAGUCCGAAGGAGGCUUUGAUCAGUUCACACGAAGCUACACGAGUUUCGGCGUACAGCGGAUGCCAGACAACAGCCUCAUCUUUAAAGAGUGGGCCCCGGCGGCGGAGGCCCUGUUUCUAGCCGGAGACUUUAAUGGCUGGGAUAAUUUUGCGCAUCCUUACCAAAAGAAGGAGUUUGGGAAAUGGGAACUGCACAUACGCCCUAAGCAGGACUCAACACCUGCUGUCAGUCAUAACUCCAAGCUGAAGGUGGUUGUUCACACCAAGGCAGGUGAUCGGCUGUACCGAAUCUCACCCUGGGCAAAGUAUGUAGCCACGCCUGAGAAGUCCUUCAUCUACGAUUGGGUACACUGGGACCCUCCUCAACCUUACAUUCACAAGCACCCUCGCCCGCUGAAGCCCAGGAGCUUACGGAUCUAUGAGUCUCAUGUCGGGAUCGCUUCUCCAGAGGGCAAAGUGGCAUCUUACAGAAACUUUACACUCAACGUGCUUCCUAGGAUCAAAGAUCUUGGGUAUAACUGUAUUCAGAUGAUGGCCAUCAUGGAGCAUGCAUAUUACGCCAGCUUCGGCUACCAGGUCACGAGUUUCUUCGCUGCAUCAAGUCGCUUCGGCACCCCGGAGGAACUGAAGGAGCUGAUUGACGUGGCUCACUCUCUGGGUAUCAUCGUCCUGCUGGAUGUUGUACACAGCCACGCAUCCAAAAACACAGAGGAUGGCCUGAACCAGUUUGAUGGCACCGAGUCCUGUUUCUUUCACAGCGGUCCCCGUGGAGAACACAGUCUCUGGGACAGCAGACUCUUCAACUACUCUAGCUGGGAGGUGAUGCGUUUCCUCCUGUCAAACCUGCGCUGGUGGAUGGACGAGUACAGAUUUGAUGGGUUCAGAUUCGAUGGAGUGACGUCCAUGCUUUACCAUCAUCAUGGAAUGGGCACGGGAUUUUCAGGAGAUUAUUCUGAAUAUUUUGGACUGCAAGUAGAUGAGGACUCGCUGGUCUACCUCAUGUUAGCUAACCAUAUUUUACACACCCUCUAUCCUGACUGCAUCACAAUUGCGGAGGAGGUAUCCGGUAUGCCUGCUGUGUGCCGUCCGGUCCAGGAGGGAGGUCUGGGUUUUGACUACCGCCUCGCCAUGGCCAUUCCAGACAAAUGGAUUCAAAUCCUGAGGGAAUUCAAGGAUGAAGAUUGGAACAUGGGAAACCUUGUGUUCACCAUGACCAACAGGCGUUACGGGGAGAAAUGCAUCGCAUACUCUGAGAGCCACGAUCAGGCUCUGGUGGGAGACAAGACGCUGGCCUUCUGGUUGAUGGACAAGGAGAUGUACACCAGCAUGAGCUCUAUGAUUCCCAUGAACUCUAUUAUUGAUCGGGGCAUACAGCUUCACAAGAUGAUCCGACUGCUUACCCACGCCUUGGGAGGAGAGGGUUACCUAAACUUCAUCGGUAAUGAGUUCGGCCAUCCAGAAUGGCUGGAUUUCCCACGAGUCGGCAACAACGAGAGUUACCAUUACGCUCGCCGGCAGUUCAACCUGGUGGACACGGACCACCUGCGUUACAAGCAGCUCUACAAUUUUGAUCGCGACAUGAACCACACCGAGGACAAAUACGGCUGGCUGGCCGCACCCCCGGCCUACGUCAGUGUCAAACACGAGGGAGACAAGGUGAUAGUCUUCGAGAGAGCAAAUGUCGUCUUCAUCUUCAACUUCCACCCCACCCAAAGCUACACCAGCUACAAAGUGGGUGUGGGCUCAGCAGGAAAAUUCAAGAUCAAACUGGACUCAGAUGAAACGCAGUAUGGAGGUCAUGGCAGACUGGACCACAGCACUGAGUUCUUCACUGAGCCGGUGGCUUUCAACGAUCGGCCCAACUCUAUGAUGGUUUACAUUCCCUGCAGAACCGCUAUUGUUCUGGCCAACGAGGAAAUUGAUUACUGCAACUGAAAUAAGAUCACCGAUUCACAGUGAGAUGAGAAACCAGCACACUUCUGUGACUCAGCCUACCUCCAUACAAACUGCGUUCACCACCUACCCAUAAUAUUGUAAAAGCACAUUGUAAUCCUAAUUAAACAAUGAGUUUAUUAAUGUUUUACCAGCUAUUUAACCAUCAAAUCUCACACUUCUGUAAUUGAUCCUACAAACCUGUCAUUGUGCAACACCUUACACAAAAAUAAAUAAGAUAACCAAAAAUCUAACAUGGCUAAAAUUUGCCUUAAAAUAAUUCCUGAAUAGAUUAUGCACUAUUGUUUGCUUAAUAACACUUGGCAGUGUUAAAUACAAACAAACUGAAUGUAUUCCUUUAAGUGAAAUGUUGGUAUCACUUAAUGCAGAUUUGACUCUGAUCAGUCUUAUAAGCAAUACAUGUUAGCAUUGUAUUGAAAUAACCAUAAGAAUUUGUGAUCUAUUGUUAUUUAAUUGAAAUACGACACAAGCACCUUAUUGACAUUCUGUGUGUGUGAUUUAGCAUGGCCUGUAUACAUGUAUAAAAAAGGUUAAAGUUUCUUGUUAUUUUUGGAUUUUACUCCCAAGGACAAAAGUUAAAUAUAUUAUAUAUUUUGAAUAUGAUUAAACUCACUGUGUAAAAUCAUAGCAUCUAAGUUAUACUUUUUUCUGACUAGCUGUGUUAUUCAGUGCCUUUAAACUUUUCAGUCAAAGCCAAAAUUAGACUUGAUAAAACAGAAAUAUUGUAUAAUAAUCAUACAUUUGUGUUCAGAAGACAAUCCUGUCAGACAAUGUGGCAAAUGUUUGUGUAUUACAGGCCAUUUUUUUCCCUAAAGAGCUUUGUUUCAGAUCUGUGGUCUUGGUAUGAAAAUCCAUCAGCGUUAUUAUAACCUUUCAAGCUGAUCGCCUAUCAUUUUAAGACCCACCUGCUUUUCCUUUACCCCUGAAGAGAAGCCCCCAGAAAACCUGGACAAAUGUAAUUAACCCCAAUCUGCCUGUUCAGAAAUGGCUUUCCAUGAAAAAACUUUGCUCAUUUGACAUGAUUAUAUUAUACUUUGGAAAUCUAGUAGUUCUUUUCAACCUGAGAAUAACACAUAAUUUUUUCUUUAGAAAAAUCAGGUGAAAAAGUUCAAAGAGAUAGAUGUCUUAGAGGUCCCCUGUUGAUGUUCACCACAGGUGUUUGUGUGCCGUUAGAAAUACUGUGAGCCAUUUCUGUGGUGAAGUCGUGUGUACUAACCAUAAAUAAAGUACUUCUACAAAGGAA